UUUUUUUUUUUUUUUUUUGGGGUUUUUCGUGCCCUAGAAUUUCGACUGGGGACCCAAAUUUGUUCUGCUGCAUCUCUCUCCUCCAGAUCUUCUGCGUUUUCGUUGCAGUGAAUAUAGUCUCGCGAACCCCAAAAAUGAGUACUCCCAUGGAGAUCUCAGUGAAUAACCCUCCAGACGCCGACGUUUCUGUACAAAACGGUGACGUUCCCCACUCAGCUCCUCCUCCUCCUCCUGCGGUCUCCGAUGACAAAGUUCUUGUUUCGGUUGAAGUCUGCCUAAAACCCUCAAGCACAGCUCGGGUUGAAGAUAUACGUUUAGCCGUUGAGAGAAUGCUUGAGAAAAGGAGUUUGAGCUAUAUAGACGGACCCAUUGCGUUGCCGCUGGAUGAUCCGCUUCUUCAAGAAAAUGUGCAAAGGAUCCAUAUUUGUGACACCGAUGAAUGGGUGCAGAACCAUGAUGUACUUUUGUUCUGGCAAGUCAAGCCUGUUGUGCAUGUCUUUCAGCUUAGUGAAGAAGGGCCUUGUGAGGAUUUAAGUGCAGAUGGACAACUUUCUAGCUUCAAUGAAUGGAUUCUUCCUGCAAAGGAAUUUGAUGGCAUGUGGGAAAGCUUAAUUUAUGAAUCUGGCCUAAAGCAAAGGUUAUUACGUUAUGCGGCAAGUGCGUUGCUCUUUACUGAAAAGGGUGUCAAUCCAUUUCUUGUGUCAUGGAAUCGCAUUGUUCUUUUGCAUGGACCUCCCGGAACUGGGAAAACUUCUCUAUGCAAAGCACUGGCCCAAAAACUAUCUAUACGAUUUAAUUCCAGAUACCCACAGUGUCAGUUGGUUGAAGUUAAUGCACAUUCUUUGUUUAGUAAAUGGUUCUCCGAGAGUGGCAAGUUGGUUGCAAAUCUUUUCCAGAAAGUUCAAGAAAUGGUGGAGGAAGAAAACAAUCUGGUAUUUGUUUUAAUUGAUGAAGUUGAAAGUCUCGCUGCUGCUAGAAAGGCUGCUUUGUCUGGCUCUGAACCUUCAGAUUCUAUUCGGGUUGUGAAUGCAUUACUAACUCAGAUGGACAAAUUGAAAUCAGCACCGAACGUUAUAAUUCUGACCACAUCCAACAUCACUGCUGCUAUUGAUAUUGCAUUUAUUGAUCGAGCUGAUAUAAAAGCAUAUGUUGGUCCUCCAACUCUACAAGCUCGUUAUGAAAUUCUGAGAACCUGCUUGCAGGAACUUAUACGAACUGGAAUAUUAUCAAAUUUUCUGGAUUCCAAUCACCUUAUGCUUCCAAACUAUUGUAGUUUGAAAGAGCAAGUGAAUAUGCCUGAGUCUCAGGAAGCUCGGACACUGCUACACUUGUGUAAACAACUGCUUGCAACUGCAGAAGCAUGUGAGGGACUGAGUGGACGGACUUUAAGAAAGCUUCCAUUUUUGGCACAUGCAGCCCUUUCAAAUCCUUACAGUUGCGAUCCUACCAAGUUCUUGUGCACAAUGAUGGAUACGGCAAAAGUGCAGCAUUCUGAGCUGCUCGACUGAGCUUUCAAUUUUUUUGUUGAUGUUGUCAUGCUCCAUGCUAAAAAAUGCUUAAAAUCUCAUUGGUGUCCUGGUUUGCUUGCAAUGCUGAUAAUGAUGGUUAUGUAAGGAGUAGACAGAUAAGAGUACAAAGGGAAGAAUGUAUAUUCACUGUGUUCCAUGGAAGGUUUAUUACCAUUCACCACCCUUUCAAUGGCACUGUGUUGUUUUCUUCUUAGUACCAUUUGUAACAAAAUGUUAGAACGAGUAGAACAAAGCGUCAAUGUCACCUUUCUAAUAUAAAAGCUGGACAAAGUGAGCAUAGCCCAGA